ACCUGUGAUGUUGAUGCCUUGUUAAAACAGAGCGACUGGGCUUUCUGGUAACAACAAAAAAAAAAGAAUUUAACUGCUGCUUUUUUUUGUUUACAGUUCAUAAAAUGAAUGUACAGAACACAAUUAAAUUGGCUGAUUUACAGAAAGAGAGAGAGAAAAGGUAUCCAAUGUAAUGUUCGCGUUGCAACGUUUCAGGAUUUCCAAAACUUGCCUAAAUGGUGUCCUUCUGGAACCCAAUACCUGUGCAUUGCUGAUUCUCGUCUGCUCCGGCGCCACCCUGACCCCCCGCCAUGGCUGCCCAGGCCUCGCCUGCCGCCCUGAAGGAGUUCUGCCCCCUCUAUUACCUGCUGAACACCAUCCCCGCCAAGGUGCAGAGGGGGUUUCGCUCGGUGCUGGUCUACCUCACCGCGCUGGAUGCCAGCAGUGACUACAUCGCCGUGGGCAGCAGCAUUGGCAUGCUCUACCUCUACUGCCGGCGGCUCAACCAGAUGAAUAAGUAUAACCUCGAGGGCAAGACCGAGGCCAUCACCUCCGUGAAGCUCCUGAGCUGUUUCGAUGACCUGGUGGCAGUGGGCACGGCCUCGGGCAGAGUGGCCCUCUUCCAGCUUGUCUCUCCUCUUCCCGGGAGGAACAAGCAGCUGCGGCGCUUUGACGUAGUUGGACUUCACAAGAGCACAGUGACAGCCCUGGCCUGGAGUGCAAACGGAAUGAAAUUGUUCUCCGGGGAUGACAAAGGGAAAGUUGUCUAUUCUGCCAUCGAUUUGGACCAGGGUGUGUGCAACCCCAGCGUGCUGCUGGAGGAGCAGUCUGCCAUCGUACAGCUGGAGUACAGCCAGAAAGUUCUGCUCGUAUCCACACACCAGCACAGCCUGCUCUUCUACACCGAAGAGAAGGCAGUCCAGCAGGUUGGAACAAAGCCCAGGAAAGGCAAUGGUAAAUUUGGGGCUUGCUUCCACCCUGGCCUGUGCAAGCAGAGUGACCUGGUGGUUUACGCUGCCCGGCCAGGCCUGCGCCUCUGGAAGGCGGACGUGCAGGGCAGCGUGCAGGCCACCUACAUCCUGAAGGACGUGUUCGCAGAGGGCGUGAGGCCCUUCGAGCUGUUUCCGCGCGCCGGCAGCCAUGCCACCGAGGGGUACCGGCCCGCAGAGAGACAGCUGGGCCUGCUGAGCUGCUUCCUGCGGGAGGGCUGGGUGCUGAGCUGGAACGAGUACAGCAUCUAUGUGCUGGACUCCCUCAAUCAGGCUGUCGUCGGCGGUCUGGAGGGGUCCGGCGACAUCGUGUCCGUGUCAUGCACAGACCACGAGAUCUUUCUUCUGAAGGGGGACCGCGACAUCAUCAGGAUAUCCAGCAGACCCGAAGGCCUGGCUUCCAGCGCGUCUGAUGUGCCCUUGUGGCUGAGUACCCCUACAGCCACUGCACCCCAGAUGGUCCAACCCACUGGUGCCGUAGAAACUGCCCAGCCGAUCAGAACCAUGUCCAUCAUCGCGGAGAGCAGGGACACACAACCAGACGGCGAGGAGGACUGCAGGAGAGAGGGGGGGAGAAAGGAGCAGGACGCGGUGAUAGUGCUGGAGAAAAUUGAGGUGGCGUUGGGUGACCCCAAGGGUGCCCCACAGAGGGAGCAGGCCAGUGAGGCCCCGCUGAGGGGGGGCUCGGGGACCAGCGAGUCCCGCAGCCGAAGCAGCUCGGUGACGUCCUGGGACAGCGCCCUGGGGCUUGGGGCCGCGGUGGAGCAGUCUGCCUCUGAGCUCUCGGUGGAGGGGCUGAGCUCCUCCACCAGGUUCAGCACCGUCAGCACGGAGGACUUUGAGCAAGAGCUGGUGGUUAAGUCCAUCAGAGUCAGGAAGAAGAAGAAGAAAAAGAGGCACGACAGCGGGAACAGGCUCUCGGACCACAGCAGCUGGUCCGAGGGGGUGUUCAGCCAAGACGCCGUGAGCGAUGGCACCACCACGCCGGUGUGUGAGCUGCUCUCGGACCGCACCAGCCUCCUGGGCAGCAGCCUGGACCUUCAGAGCGCCGACUCUCCUGACCGGGAGGGCUCCGUGAGCGGGGACUCGCACAGCCACGACCUCUUUGCGGUCCUCACCUCGCCUGAGGUCACGUGCACUCGGCUGGGGGAGCCGCCCAGCGCUGAUCUCCGUGACCUCCCUGCGGAGGUGCUGGGGCUGGAGGCGCCUGUUCCUCAGAGCUGUGAAACUUCAGACGUGCCGCUUGCAAAGGCCCCAAGCUCCUCUCCUCCUUCCCCGCGCCUCCUGGAGUCGGAUGGCCAGGAAGUCACUCAGAAAGACCCUCUAGCUUUGCAGUCUGAAAGCAACAGAUAUGCGCUUCCGGGUCAAGGUGCAAAGGUCAGGGGUUCGAUUCCAGAUUGUGAUGCCGACGCUCUCCUUGAAUGCAACAGCCUGAACACGCAAGCCAGCGCUGAGCGCGUUUCUGGGGAGGAUGGCUUAGUAAGGUCAGAAAAGGAUGAGUCGGAACCCCAUGUGCCACCCAGCCACACACAUGAUCUCUCCACCUUGGAUGAUUUUGGGCUGCUGGGUGUUGGUGGAAGUCUGGAAGCAUCUGAUCAGAACUUAGUCACCCCCUUCCCAGCUCUGCACGAUGUCAUAAGCCACGUCUCCACGCUCAGCACCAGAGCACAAGAGCAAGAGUGGCAAGACGCAGGGCUGCAGUGCAUCUCCAGCGACGAGGAGGAUAUCUAUGCCCACGCAGUGCCGCACUCAGCGUCGGAUGCCAGCCUGGUGGAGCAGCCCUUACUGGGCACAAACCUCCAGAGGCUCAUCGAUGGGCACUGCUCAGACGCAGCGAAAUCAGAUCUGGAGGAUUCAAGCCUUUUCAAGUCUGAUCAGUUUGCAGAGAGCUGGAUGGGCUAUUCCGGCCCGGGCUAUGGGAUCCUGAGCCUGGUGGUGUCUGAGAAAUAUAUAUGGUGUCUGGACUUCAAAGGCGUGCUGUACUGCAGCCCCCUGCCCAGCGCCGGGCUGCGCUGGCAGAAAUUUGAGGACAGUGUCCAGCAGGUGGCUGUGUCACCUUCAGGGUCCUUGCUGUGGAAGGUGGAGCAGAAGACUAACAAGGCGUUUGCCUGUGGAAAGGUGACCAUCAAGAGCAGGAGGCACUGGUAUGAGGCCAUCCCUCAGACUGCCUUUGUGGCUCUCAGUGAUGAUACAGCCUGGAUCAUCAGGACCAAUGGAGAUCUCUACCUGCAGACAGGCCUGAGUGUGGACCGGCCCUGUGCCCGGGCAGUGAAGGUGGACUGCCCGUGCCCUCUGACCCAGAUCACAGCCCGGGGCAGCGUGGUGUGGGCGCUGACCGAGCAGCGAGGUGUCUUCUACAGGGAGGGGCUCAGCAGCUUCUGCACAGAAGGAGAGCAGUGGAAAUGUGACGCUGUCAGUGAGAGCCAGGGCUUGGAGCCAGUGUGCAUUGCCCUGGGAGACCACAACACCGCUUGGGCUCUGGACACAAGCGGGAACCUGUGGUUCAGGACGGGCAUCACGGCCCAGAAACCACAGGGGGAGGACGAUCACUGGUGGCAGGUGAGCAUCACGGACUACGUGGUCUUCGACCAGUGCAGCCUGUUCCAGACCAUCAUCCAGGCCACGCACAGUGUGGCCUCGGCGGCCCAGGCCCCAGUGGAGAAGGUGGCGGAUCGCCUGCGCGUGGCCUUCUGGUCCCAGCAGCCCCAGUGCCAGCCCAGCCUGCUCGGCGUCAACAGCAGCGGCGUCUGGAUCGCCUCUGGGAGGAACGACUUCCACGUGGCCAAGGGCAGCCUCAUCGGCACCUAUUGGGCCAACGUGGUGCCACGUGGAACUGCGUCGGCAGCCAAGUGGGCCUUUGUGAUUGCGUCGUCGGCUCCGACUAAAGAAGGGAGUUUUCUGUGGUUGGGCCAGAGCUGCAAAGACCUCUUCUGUAUUAGCGACCAGUGCCCACAGUUCCGGCCCUCGACUGUGCAGCUCCCCCCCGAAGUGGAAAUGGUGCAUCUGUCAGCCUGCCAGGAUGCUGUGUGGGGUCUGGACACAAGGGGGCGUGUCUACAUCCGUACCCUCUCCAAGAGCUGCCCCACUGGCAUGCACUGGACCCCCCUGGACCUCAGCCAGCUUGGCAGGGUGAAGCUGUCCAGCCUCUCCUGUGGCAGUCAGAAUGUAUGGGCCUGUGAUGCCAAUGGGAUGGUCUACUUCCGGGUGGGAACCCAGCCCCUCAACCCCAGCAUGAUGCUGCCUGCCUGGAUCAGCAUUGAACCCCCUGAGCAGCCGGUGGGGGUGCACCUGGUGAGCGUGUACACCAGUCCCAACGACAGGAUGCUGUGGGCAGUGGACAGCCGAGGAUACGUGCACGUCCGGACUGGGAUUACAGAGGAGAUGCCGGUGGGAACAGACUGGGAGCAUGUCCCAGGCCUGCAGGCGUGGCAGUUAGCAGUGAGUGCCAGGACUGUGUGGGUGCGUUGCCCCAAUGGAGAUGUAGCCCGUAGAUAUGGCAUCACAGAGAAGAACCCAGCAGGAGACUACUGGAAGAAAAUACCAGGCCUGGUCAGCUGUUUAACAGUCACCCCAGUGGACGAGCUGUGGGCAGUGGGCAUGACCGGCUCUCUGAUUCGCCGACUGACCAAGGCCUUCUGCCACAGCAACAGCAGGUCAAAGGUCAGCAUGGCCUCAUCGUCGCUGAAUGGCGACGAUCCAGAGGACGAGUGGGAGGUCAUCUAGAGACCCCACGGGCACCUGGAGGUCCAGGCAUCCUUACUCUUCUGUAUACUGAAAAGGUUCAUCGGCCUCUAAUUUAUUAAUAUGUUUGGAUUUUACGUUCUCUUUUUAUAUAUGUAUAUAAAUUAACUUCUGGUAUCUUUUAUUAACUGUGCGUGCUGCUAGUGGUACUGUUGGCUGUGCGGACCUGUGGAGUUAUGAGUUAAUCACAAGAAUGCUGAUUGCACAUGUAUUCUGUACUGUUCAGGACACUUGCCUGCCACACAGGGAGGCUGUUGUGAAAUUCAUUGCUACAGCUUCACUGAUUCUAUCUUAACAGUCUUCACACUCACCACUUCCACUCCUCCCGUUUCUGUGCGCAUCUUUCACUUGUGUUUUCGCAGGUUUAACCUUUCUUUGCCUUUUAGCUAGUUGUAAUGCUUUUGCCAGCUUUCAAAAAUAUUUUUAAAACAGCGUGAUCCAAACAGUAUAAAACAACCCAGAGCAUAUUUUAGAAACUUGUAAGGUUGAUUUGAAUAAUCUUGGGAAUGAACCUAUAUGCAUAUAUAUUCACCACACUGGGCGCUUGCACAGAGCUGUCUUCCCCUGCAUUUUCCUUCAAUCUCUUCGGAUGACUGGACUCACCUGUGAGAAACCAGUGAUUUAAUGUUCUGCAGGGGAGACUGCCUGUGCUGUAAGAAAAAGCUCCGAUAUAAGGUAACACACUGGACCUGCAGGGGACAUAAUGAUGAAUGCACUGCCUUAUUUCAUCAAUGCAUCUAAUACUGAGCUCUUAGGAACAGAGGAAAUCUAUUUUGCACCUUUCUGCAUAUUCGUCUGCAUAAUAGAGUGAACAACAAUUAUUCACAUCUAUUGGUCCUAUAAAACACAGUUUAUAAGCUUGUCUAAUCUGUUAUUCUUUUGCCUAAGCCUUACUUUGUGCACUUUAGCAAGAAAGAUGCAAACACUUGACUUUUCAUCUUGCACUCUGUACGUCGGUGUCAAUAAUAUUAGAUAUAUCCACUUUCUGUUUUUCCAUAAGUACUGUACUCUUGUAUUAAUGACAACAUGAAGGGAAAUAAUGUAAGCAUAAUGAAAACAGAUAAAAUAAGUGUACUGGUUUACUCGUUUCCUAUUACACUAAUGUAUAUACUGUAGUUUGAUGAUAACUGUACGUUUCAUAUUUAAUUGGUUUUAUAAUGAAUACCUAUAAUUUUGAACUUGUAACACACACGUGUCAAACUUAACUUAAACUAGCUGUGAUUGGUGAGCGGGACAUACAGAUUGUUGAUGUUUGUUUUUGAGCAGAUCUGCUGCUUCCAGUACUACAGACAAAGUCCUGUCUGCACUGAUGCAGCUCUGGGAAUGAAACCUCUUCACUUUUUUUCCUUGGAUUUUCUCCUUUAUUAAGGAGAGGUAGGAGUGAGCUGGAUUUAAAAACACGAUGUUGUGGAAAGUGUUUAAAAUUUGUCCUGAAAUUUUUGUGAAGUAUCUCUUCAUUUUCACGGGUCUGGUAUUAAGUAGUAAUGAUUUUAAAAUUUUAUGGGACUUUUGUGUUAUCAGUUUAAACAAAUCCCUUUUGUUUCACAAAUAGAUUUCUGAAAUAAAUGUGGCCAAGCUUUGUGGGUUGGGCUCAGAAGACCCCCAUUUUCUUUACCUUUCUUCCUCAGUUAACACUCCUUCUCAAUGUACACACUAUGACCUGUCCCCUUCCACACACACGCUCCAAGAUCUUCUCAGCUGCUUUCACUGUCUGAGGCCUUGGAUGUGAGUGUGGCCCAGAGAGACCAAGCACCCUCUUGUCAUCCUUGUAAACCGAAUGGAUGGAGUACUGAGACUGGUAUCCUGUGAAGAUCAUCCACAUGGCUUUGGUAUUUUAGAUCCUGUUCUGGCUUUUAAGAGUGGGAGUACAAAAAUAAAUAAAGUGACUGAAACUGAAA